AUCGGCCAUAAACGGUCCGUUUUCAGGGACCAACGUUGAUCAGGCGGGUCACGACCAUCCGUUCGCAUGGGAUAAUUUGGCGAGCAAUAAUAAACAAGAUCGACCCUCGUCCAUUCCUCUCCUGUCUCAUUAGGAAAAGGUUCUAAGUUAACCAGCAAAACGAUUCCUCCGUGAGCCUUUGUCCGAACACACAUACAGACACACACAAUGUCCGCGCCCCUCGACCCCGUGGUCUCCUCCAUCAUCGACCGCAACAAUCCCGUCACGAACUCUGAGGAAUUCGACGAAGACGCGAUCUUCGAAGCUCUCGAGAACGAAGAUGACUCUGCAUACCGGUCGCGUCGUGUUGAGCAGCUCUCUGCUGAAUUAAAAUCCGCCCAAGAUGCCGUGCGUUCCAUCCAGCGCGACGCUGCCUCGAACAUUACGACCGUCCACGACGCGCUCUAUCCUACCUUAUCGAAUGACCAGGCCCUUCUCGAUUUCACAACCCAGAAUCAGCGGUGCGUUGUACACUUCGCCCAUCCAGAUUUCGCAAAGUGCGGCGUGAUGGAUGAGCAUCUCCGUCUCUUGGCAUCACGGCACUACGAGGUGCGGUUCGCCCGCGUUGAUGUGCGCGAUUGUCCCUUCGUCGUGGAGAAAUUGAACGUACGCAUCUUGCCGUGUGUCAUUGGCUUCGUUGAUGGCGUUGGUGUCGAACGAGUUCUGGGAUUCGAGGGGCUGGGAUCAGGAAGUCGGGACGGCGUUAAAGGCUUCAGGACUGUCGAAUUGGAAAAGAGACUGGUUACCAAGGGUGUGCUCUCCAGGAGAAAACUGGCUGAGGAUGGAGGACCUGGUAUCUCCGGGCCAGGUGACAGCGAUAGUGAGAGUGAGGACGACCGUCAGCGGAGAGGUCAGCGCGGAGCGAUUCGCAGUGGGAACGCGAGGAAUAGACAUGCCGCUGAGGAUGACGACGAUGAUGAUUGGGACUAGGAAUGGAAUUCCCAGAGUGGGUUGCUUCCUACAGUACUUUAACAUGCGGCCCCUAGAUAUUUUUGGGUUGCUUCUGAUUCAUCGAUACCCCGAAACGAGAAAAUAGCAAUUAACAGACAAAAGAUAUGGAGACAAACUUCCAUGACUUUCAAGGAACACUGAGAAAGAAGUGCGUAUUACUGCCUUAAUCAACGGAAACCUGUAGAUAUU